AUGGCCAAACUAUUGGUAAAGCUCCAGCGGUACUUUCGGCGCAGACCCGUCAGGUUCUUCACGCUGCUGGCUCUCUACCUGGCAGCUGGAAGCUUGGUUUUCCUCCACUCGGGCUUCUCUGGGGAGCCCACGGUGCCAGGCAGCCAGCGUGGGCCCGGGGCUGGCGAGGGACCGGGGCUGCCCUACCUGGGGGUGAUGCAGCUGAGCCGUGGGUUCAAGGCGUCGGUGCCGGUGCCGGAGGCCACGCGGCGACACGGACCCUGGUUCAAAAGCACCUCCAAGGAGCCAGCAGAGAGGGGCAAGGCUGGAGACUACAGCAGCACCCACAGCAGGGCCAGCAGGGGCAGGAGUGGCCGUGAGAAGGAGGAGGACAGAGGAGAUGAGAAGGCAAGGUACAUCGGCUGCUACGUGGACAACACCCGCCAGCGGACGCUGCGCGGCGUCUCCUUCUUCGACUACAAGAAGAUGACGGUCUUCCGUUGCCAGGACAACUGUGCCGAGCGGGGCUACCUCUACGCGGGGCUGGAGUUCGGCGCCGAGUGCUACUGCGGGCACAAGGUGCAGGCGCCCAACGCCAGCGAGGUCGAGUGCAACAUGCUCUGCAAGGGCGAGAGGACCAACACCUGCGGGGGGGUCAACCGCCUCUCCAUCUACCGCCUGGAGCUCGCCCAGGAGUCGGCCAGGAGGUAUGGCAGUGCAGUAUUCCGGGGGUGCUUCCACCGGCCAGACAACAUCUCCAUCGCCCUGCCCGUCAGCCAGGUCAUGCUGAACAUGUCAGUGGACAAGUGUGUGGACUUCUGCACUGAGAAGGAGUACCCAUUGUCAGCCCUGGCUGGGACCUCCUGCUUCUGUGGUUUCCCCACCACACUCUUCACCCUGCAUGAGCGUGAGGACGAGCAGCUCUGUGCCCAGAAAUGUGCUGGUGAGGAGUUCGAGAGCUGUGGCACCGCCGAGUACCUCCUGGUCUACCAGACCCAAGUGCAAGACAACCGCUGCAUGGACAGGAGGUUUCUCCCAACCCGUGCCAAGCAGCUGGUGGCCCUGGCCAGCUUCCCCGGCGCUGGCAACACGUGGGCACGGCACCUGAUCGAGCUGGCCACCGGCUUCUACACUGGCAGCUACUACUUUGAUGGCUCUCUCUACAACAAAGGGUUCAAGGGCGAGAGGGACCACUGGCGAAGCGGGAGGACGAUUUGCAUCAAGACCCACGAGAGUGGGCAGAAGGAGAUCGAAUCCUUCGACUCUGCCAUCCUGCUCAUCCGAAACCCCUACAAGGCCCUGAUGGCCGAGUUCAACCGCAAGUACGGAGGACACAUCGGCUUCGCCUCCCACGCCCACUGGAAGGGCAAAGAGUGGCCGGAGUUCGUGGCCAACUACGCGCCCUGGUGGGCCACUCACACCUUGGACUGGCUGCGCUACGGCAGGAAGGUGCUGGUGGUUCACUUCGAGGACCUGAAGAGGGACCUCUUCGCCCAGCUGCAGCGCAUGGUGGGGCUGCUGGGCAUCGCCGCCUGCCAGGACAGGCUGCUGUGCGUGGAGGGGCAGAAGGACGGCAACUUCAAGCGCUCUGGCCUGAGGAAGCUGGAGUACGACCCUUACACCCCCGAGAUGAGGAAGAUGAUCAGCGGCUACAUCAGGACGGUGGACGCGGCGCUGAAACUCCGCAACCUCUCGGGGGUGCCAGACGAUUACUACCCAAGAUGA